UGAUGAGGUGGUGUUUAUUUGAAAAAAAUCUGAUUUGCCGGUAAAUUAUUGAAACUUUACGCAAUUAGUUAUGUUACAGUGUUUUGAAUAAUGUAUCAGCAUUGAGUUACUGGAAAAAAGCGAGGUGUAAUGAUCCAAGCUUAAAUGUAAAGUUUGUGCUACACAAAACAUGUAAAGUGACGCGGGAACUUUGUACCCAUUUAGUUUCGUACGUAAGUGAAAUGGAUUCGGAAGAGAAAGACUGGAAAAAGAAAUUGGGAUUCCCAAUCAACUAUGAUUCAGGGCAGAGCUCAGAGGAGGAUAAUGACUCAAAGGACGUCGUGAUGAGGCACCCGAGGCAAUCCUCGAGGUACUUGCUGGAGGAGAAUGGAGACGGGUCGGAAGCCGAUUUGCUGGGUACGACUCCGCCUCGAGCUCGUAUCAGGGAUAAGGAGAAGCGAAGGAACGUAUUCGACGCUGGCUUAUGUAUACAGAAAACGUUGGUGGAAGGCAAGAAUUACGAUGAAAUGUCCCCCUCACCACCAGUUUUGUCCGAUAGAACGUCUUAAGAAGCGCUCGAGCCUAAAGCUCAUCAGAUCCAAGGAACGGGACUGGAAGGAUGGGCAACGUGAAUCCAGGGCGGAUUCGUUACCGUCACCCAGCCCUCAGGCCGGUGUGCCCACUUUGUGUUCAUUUCAGGUGGAAUCCUGCAGCCGCUUCAUGUCGCUGACCUCUCGUCUCAAGUGUCGAGCGGCUUACGAGAAUGAGGUCCAAGAGAGGUGCUCGGAUGAAGAGCUGCCAGCCAGCAGGGUCAACUUCCACAACACAUUCAGCAUGCUCAUUAACAUGGGGAAUAUUGAGAAGGGGUGUCGGCGUACAAUAAGUCGGGAGGAGCAGGUCUGGCAGAACGAGCUAAAGGAUCUCAUCUGGUUGGAAUUAAAAGCGAAGCUUGCCGGUCGGACGCUCAGCCAGCAAGACGCGUAUCUUUGCGCGCAAAGAAACAUUAUUCCCUCCAUUGUGCAGAGAAUUCAGGAGUACAAAUUCGUGAAUCCAGAUCCCUGCAGGAAUAGAUCACAGAAGCUCGCCAUAGACGGCUCCGACGACGAACUGCCCGACCAGGCAGACGGAACGGCCGGAGACGAGGACGGCGAAGAGGCGGGCGCGCGUGCGGGCUGCGUGUCGGUGGACUGCGGGCGCUGCGCGCGCGCGGUGGGCGCGGCCAUGCGCGACGUGGCGGCGCUGCUGGACGCCUACGACGCGGCGCUGGCGCUGUACCCGUCGGCCGCCGCCGCCGCCGCCGACCACCCCGCGCUGGGCGCCGCGCCGCUCGUGCACCGCCUGCGCGCCAUGUGCCUGUGGUACAACACGGCGCAGCACAUGCGCCUCAAGGUGCUGUCGGUGCGCCGCAUGCUGCGCACGGCGCGCCGCAAGGCGCACGCCGCCGACGCCGGCAGCCGAAAAUCGUCGGUGACCAGGUUACCCGGUCACGUUCGAUUCAACGUCAGCAACGACACGAGUGACUCCAACAACAGCGACACCAGCGGUCACUCGGAGGGCAGAGGAUCGGUAACGGAGGAGAGGAGAGACGUCGACGGCCAGACGUCGGACUCCUCGAAUAAUCCAGAAAAUGCGAGUUCAGACAGAGGAGAGGAAGGAAAAGUCGACCCGAAGACGGACGUCGCCGUCGAGACCGAGGGGAACGACGUUCCAGACGGCGGCGCGGCGGCGGGCGGGGCGCGCGGGGCGGAGACGUACGCCAGCAACGAGAGCGGCUACACGUCGGAGGCGGAGCGCGACGCGCCGCACGACGUGUUCGAGUUGGGCCCGCUGGGGGACGUGGCGCGGCUGCGGCUGCUCGGCCGCUCCGCCGUGUCCGCGUACCGGGAUUAUCAUCACGAGAUGUUGAAGACGCAAGGAGUGCGUCGCUGUCUGAUGUUUAUGAAUAAGAUGUGCAGCAAACUACUCAAUAAAGUUUAUCUCACGCUGCUGGAGCCGCAGGCUGACAGCUUUGGAGAAGAAGAUACGUCGGAAGUGUUUGAAGGUACCAAAGAAACAGAAAAUAAGGCUGACGAGAAUGACGACAUUAACAACACGUACGAAUUUCGCAGAUAUGGUUGCUGGAGUAAGGAGACCCUGUCCAUGCGUUUGCCCUCCUAUCGCAAUCAUUUCCUACUGUUGACCAGCAUCAGCAUGGAAGCAGUGCAUGACUACCUCUCGCUGAGGAUGGAGGGCAGACCUGAACACCCCUCUUGUCUCACAAUCAAACAGCUGAUCCACGAGUUGAAGGAGGGACUGGACAUCUCAGCGGAGGUGCGCGCGUCGUUCGCCCGCAACGUGCAGGCGGCGCUGUGCGGGGCCACGCCCGCCGCGCUGCGCCAGCUGCUGCACACCUACGACGGCACCGUGGCCACCGCGCUGCAGCAGUACCUGUCCUACCUGCGCAUCAUGUCGGAGAAGGAGUCGCUGAGCCGCGCGCAGCUGGCGGGCGAGUGGGCCUUCACGCAGCGCCUGGCCGCGCGCGCGCCGCCCGCCGCCGCGCUCGCGCCCGCCGCCUUCGCAGAUAUGGCGUGUAAUCAGCUGAACAGAGUGCUCAACCGAUUCGAGGAAAAGUUUGCCCAUGUAAUGGAACUCGAGAAGAGCGACCCAUCCGACCUGGACGAUCAAAGGUACCUGGUGUACACGCUGUGCCGCGAGACGCAGUGCAUCUACGCGGGCGAGCGCGACGCGGCGCUGCAGGCCGCGCACUGGGCGCGCGCGCUGGCCGCCCGCCUGCCGCCGCCGCUGCGCGCGCGCAUCUUCAACAGCCUCAUGGCGAUCCGCGACUGCCUGGUGCGCCACACGGCGCUGAUCCUGAAGAGCAGCCGCUCGGCGUCGCUGUCGUCGGCCGAGCUGCCGCGCGACAUCCGCGACAGCCUGGGCGCGCGCGUGCGGGAGCUGCUGCUGCAGGUCUACAAGCUGGGCUUCGAGCUGCACACCGAGUUGCACAAAUUCGCGCAGGCCCCCUUCAAGGAUCAGCUCGAGCGCCGAGCGCGUCGUCUGCGCCCCUCCUCCCUCCAACCCUCCCGCCCCCAAACCCCUCGACUGCGGAGGAAAAGACCGGAGACUAUGCUCAUACACGAGUCCAUCAACCCGAUUCACAGGGAACUACACCGAUUCGCGAACAGCUCCUCCCCGCGGCCGCCGGCCCCGCGACCCAGCGUCACGGAGUCGCCGCGGAAGUCGAAAUUCCUGAGGUCCGAGAGCAUCGGCGAGGAGGUCGAACCGAGCGCGCUCGACGAGAGCGGCUUCGACGGGACGGGGGCGGCGGCGGAGGCGGCGGCGGAGGCGGCGGCGGAGGCGGCGGCGGGCGCGGGCGCGGAGGCGUGCGCGGGGCGGGCGGCGCGCGCGGUGGUGCAGUUCGCGCGCUGCUGGAUGUCGUUCGUGGUGGAGCGCUGCGAGCGCGGGCGCGGCCUGCGGCCCCGAUGGGCGAGCCAAGGAUUGGAAUUCUUAAUGUUAGCUUGCGAUCCCUACAACACGAAACACUUAAGUGAUGAGGAGUUCGAGGAGCUGAAGCAGCAGAUGGACGGCUGCAUCUCGCACGUGGUGGGGUCGCGCGCGCCCGCCGCCAGCCAGCCCGCCGCGCCGCUGCGCCAGCGCCACCGCAUACACAGUCCCCUAUCGAGCACGAGUAGUACGAACAGCAAGGAGGGCGCGAACCCGCCGACACCGCCGAGCGAGGUUGACGCUCCACUCGUAUUGCACAGCCUUGACGAUGCCGCUCACAGGACACGCAUCGUCCAAGCCAUACGGCAGCUCGACCAGUGUCGCGACGAAAAACUUCAGACCUCGAAAGCUGUCGGCCGAGUGUUGGAGUCGACCAUCAAGAGCUACGAGCCGAAGCUGCGACAGUUGACCUUCAAGUGGCAGAGGGGGCUAAAGAUCGGCGCCGGCACCUUUGGCAAGGUGUACACGGUGGUGAACACGCAGAGCGGGCAGCUGCUGGCCAUGAAGGAGCUGAGCGUGGCGGCCGGCGACCGGCGGGCGCUGCAGCGCGCCGCCAACGAGCUGCGCGUGCUGGAGGGCGUGCUGCACCCGCACCUCGUGCGCUACUACGGCUGCGAGCUGCACCGGGAGGAGAUGCUGCUGUUCAUGGAGCUGUGCGUGGAGGGCUCGCUGGAGACGCUGGUGGCCACGUCGGGCGCGCUGGCGGAGCCCACCACGCGGCGCUACAGCAAGCAGCUGCUGAGCGCCGUGGCCGAGCUGCACGCGCGCGCCAUCGCGCACCGCGACAUCAAGAGUGGCAACAUCUUCCUCACCAACGACGGGCACUGCCUGAAGCUGGGCGACUUCGGCUGCGCCGUGAAGAUCCGCGCCAACACCACCGCGCCCGGGGAGCUGCAGGGCUUCGUGGGCACGCAGGCGUACAUGGCGCCCGAAGUGUUCAUGAAGUCGUCCGGCCACGGUCGCGCCGCAGACAUCUGGUCGUUGGGUUGCGUCGUCACGGAAAUGGCGUCUGGAAAGCGACCGUUUUUCGAAUACGACAGCAACUAUCAGAUAAUGUUCGUGGUGGGCAUGGGAGGCCGUCCGCACAUACCGGAGACCCUCUCGGAGGAGGGCCAGCAGUUCUGCCUCAGCUGCCUCACUCACGACCCCGACCUGCGUCCGCGGGCUGAAGCCUUGAGCCUUCACCACUUCCUGAUGGUGAAAUCCGACGAGGAUUGUAAUUGUGAAACUGCGUUCCUUAUCACAUAGAGCAUUUAACGUUCACUGUAUUUGGUCAAGAAAUAUACAAUGAAUCGCAUUUCAUACGCAAGAAUUUGUAUUUAUAUAACGUUUUAUUGUAACUAUUGUCGUCUGUAUACCGUCUGAAGAAAUUUAUUGAAAGAUAGAAGUAAAAGAAGUUUUAUAUUCGAAGUCAUAUUUUUAUAUUCGAUAAAAUGUAAUUUAAAAAAAAAAAAGAUUAUAUUGAGUCUAUAUUUUUAGGAAACUAUGUUGUAGAUCUCAUUUAGAGAUAAUCAAAAAGUUUUAAAUGUACUAGCUACUAUAUUUAAAUAAUAUCCUAUUAUAAAUGCCUUGAAAAAAAAAAAUCAUUUACGGUUGCAGCUUACAAAUGGCAGUUUUAUAAGAAAAGUAUUUAUAUAUAUUGUGAAACAUAAUUAGUUAAAUUGCGUGCCAUUGUCAAUUAAAUUAACUUGUAUAUACAUAUAAUGUAAUAACGUAAUCUCUACAAAACGGAGAACCUGCGAUCGUAUACCAAACAUUCCUAUUGAGAUGAAAUUUUGCACGGCAGUUAAUAUCAAGUAUAUCUCUGGCGGCUGGAGAAACCUUUAGGGACAAAGAGUGAAAGUCACAUUAGUUACUUGUUAUAUUAAAUUAUGAAUAUAUAUAUAGUUAUAAGUAAAGGUGGAUGUGUCACUUUUUAUACAAAUGACUAAAUUAUAAAUUAAAUUGUUUAAUAGUAAUGAAAUUAUACGAAAUGUUUGUUAAAUAUCUUGCGAGGUAGAAUUUAAGCGAGUAGCGUUCCAGUUGUAAACUUAUAAAUGAUACAUAUAUGUUAUAAUAAAUUCAAAUGUUAUUUUCUUUGAAAGUAAAUCAACAGUUGAACGGUUUAGUCGUCAAUUGUAAUCGAUAAUUAUAGAACAAUUUUCUUAGUAUUUAUUAUUUUAUAAAAUGCAAGAGCGUUUCAAGCGCCUACGGUAUUCAUUUAUAUAAGCACGUAGUUGGGUGGUCGUCACAAUAGCGAGACGUAAAUAAUGAUUUUACGUUAAUGUACAAAUAUGUUUUUAUAAUCUGUAACAAUAAAUCGCGCGGGAAAUUGUUAAUUUUAAUUAAAUCUGUCAGUGUGAUAUUUAGACUCGAUCACUAGUUAGUAAGAAUGUUUUAACGUAAUCGAACAAAUUCAUACACUUUGUUCAAAAGGAAUAUUGUUACAUAAUUAAAUGAAAAUAUAGGACGCGUCCAUCCGACUUCAAUGGGCGACUUCUUGUCAGCAAGAAUGUCACUCGCACGCCGAUAAUUUAACUUAAGAGGGGGGGGGGUCUCUUCUCGAGUGAACAUAUCUAUGUCCAAGUAUUAACUGUUUGAACACAGUUUGUAUACAAAAUUCCGUCGGUUAGUAUCGACAAUUUUUUGCAAACAUGUAAUAGAUUUUUCUUAGCAAAAGGAGACUAAGAACACGGUAGUUUUUUAUAUAUGGAGUUUUGUAUUUGUAUUUGAACUGUCCUGUCAGAUGGUUGCUAUUUAUUAUGAUUCAGUACCUCGUGUGAAGUGUUACUGCUACGUUGGUCGAAUGGCUCGCUUAUCCCAGCGUUGCAGAACUAUCGAUAGUUGACCUCGAAAACUAUUCAGGAUAUCGAUAGUACUAUCGAUAGUAUCGUUUUGAUCAAUACUAUCGAUACUAUCGAUAGCUCUCCGUGAGCAAUACUAUCGGCCCGCAUUCGGGGUGCGGGAGAAAAUGCGCCUUUAGUAGCAAUACUAUUGCUACUAUCGAUAGUAUCGAUAGUUUUGGACUAUCGAUAGCCAGCGAUUUUUUGAUAGUAUUGGUUUUUUAAUGUAAGUAAUGUAUUCGUAAUGUUUUCUAAUCGCUAGACUCAAGAUUACUAGAAAAAAGUUUCAUUGUAAUGCCACCAACCUAAUAAAAGGUUUUUUAAUGUUAUGGUUAUUUAUAAUGU